CGCCUUCCUUGUGCGCAUGAUCCAAGAACAAAGCAGCAGUGAGCGUGAUCGAGUCCCUGAGCUCCAGCAGCACGAGCGCAGCGAAGCGCAGGACUGAGCGCCUCUAGAUGGAUGAUGGAAAUUACAUGGCUUGUAUUCUGCCAUAAAAGUGCUAUGUGUGUUAAUUCGAAAUGAUUUCCAUCGUUGUGUUACAAAUCUAAAGGUCGAAAUGUGCAGGCGCGAAAAGAAGACGCGAUUGUGCUUCAGCACUCUGGACAGCGCACGCAAGUUGCGCCUUCUGCGACUUACUACUGGAGUUAUUUUGCUGAAAGAACACCAUGUUUAACAAAUGAAGAAUCAUGCUCCUGAUAAUAUAUUCACCAUCAACAGGGUCAAAUACACCGCAAGUGGACUUUUGAAGUGAGAAAUGGACUUUGCGGAAAUUCUGUUUGCUUCCUUCAUCGUUGUGGUCGCGAUUGUUUCGUUGUUGUCGAACUUACUGGUGUUGCUAUGCUUCGUUCACAGCAGCGAAAUACGCCGACAGGUGCCAGGGGUGUUCACCAUGAACUUGUCGUUUUGCAACAUACUCAUUUCGGUUCUGAACAUGCCAUUCACUUUAGUGGGGAUCGUGAAACACCAGCAGCCUUUUGGAGACUGCGUCUGUCGCGCGGUCAGCUUUCUGGAGACCUUUCUGACAGCCAACAGCAUGCUGAGCAUGGCAGCCCUCAGUAUAGACCGCUGGAUCGCUGUGGUGUUCCCGUUGAGUUACUCAAGCAAAAUGCGCUACCGGGACGCGCUGGUCAUGGUGUGUUACGCGUGGCUUCAUUCGCUCACGUUCUCCCUCAUCCCGCUGCUUUUCUCCUGGUUUGACUACAAUCCCAUUUACGCAUCCUGCACGUUGCAUUUGAACGACGAGAGCGCGCGGAUUAAAUUCACUGUGUUCACCAUUGUCUUUCAUGCCACCAGCUUCAUGCUCUCGCUCCUGAUUUUGUGCGUUACAUACUUAAAGGUGUUAAAAGUUGCACGCUUUCACUGCAAGAGGAUUGACAUUAUAACCAUGCAGACCCUCUUCUUACUGGUAGAUAUUCACCCAAGUGUUAAGCAGCGCUGUCUUGCAGAACAAAAGAGGAGAAAACAGCGUGCCACUAAGAAAAUCAGCAUUUUCAUUGGGUCUUUCAUCAUCUGUUUCGCCCCUUAUGUCAUUACAAGGCUGGCUGAGCUGCUUCCCUUAGUGGACAUCAACAGACACUGGGGUAUUGUCAGCAAGUGUUUAACAUACAGCAAGGCAGCUUCAGAUCCUUUUGCCUACUCCCUCCUGCGCCAGCAGUACAAGAAGGUCUUGGUAACAGGGGCCAACCGCCUGUUGAAGCGUGAUUUAUACCCCUCCUCUGGACACAGCAGCUCUAUGGACACAGAGAAUGACUAUAGUCUUCAAAGAAUCAGCUAAUGUAACACAAAAUGAAACACAAACUAAAAAAUCCCAAUGCCUUGAUUGUGUGUUAGAAUUUAAGUUUGAGUGAGUAUGUAUGUGUGAGACUGAGAGACAGAGAUAGAGAGAGGGAUUGUGUUGUCACAGUUGGUAAUGUUAACAGUGAUGUUCCACUCUAAUGUAACCAGAUUGUGUUGUGAUAAACAAAGACACCAGCAAAGUACAGAAUAUGUAAACAUCUCACCACAUAUUAGCUUGACGUCAUGGUGCAUUUUAUGCUGUGGUAUAUACUUUUGGUCUAACGUGCCCCAGCUAAUAAGAUUCAAUCAAGAAGAGUUUGUUAUAUAAAAGUGUAUUACAUUCUAGGAAUUUUCUCAUUGGACUGAAGCUUUGCAAACCUACUAAUGCCAUUCAUAUACCUCUCAAGAUAGAUGCAUAUUUUUUUGACUGAAGUGUUUAAGGUUGCCAUUAGAAUGGACUCUCUUGUUAAAAGACUUUUCACUCACAAGCCUAUUGGUCACUGGACAGUGAUGCACUUUGUUAUAUCUUAGUAUUUGAUAUUAGCGACAGAACAGCCAAAGUUGAAUAACUCUACUACUGAGCUUUUAUUGUAACUGAAUGUACUAGAUGCUUGUAACAGCUGUUCAUAGUACAUAGUUCUAUUUGGUGGAAUGUUGCGAGUUGUUUUUAAAGGUGACUUUGUUAGACUUUUGAUGUAGUAUUUAAAAUGAUCUCAGUUAAGCAGUUGUGAGGUUUACGGAGUACCAGAGUUCAAACUAUUGAAGUGCUUUUUACAGCUGUAUUAGUGCCAGAUUUGUAAACAUUUGUUAAAUUUAUUGUAUUGUGAAAAUGGUGCA